GAAUACGCCCAUUAGUGGCGGGAGCAGAGAGACGUCGACGCGGGUAAUGCAGACUUUUCCAUCCUUGGACCACCGUUAAACGGUAGCAGUUGGUAAUGUACAAAACGGCGACAACAACCGUAGAGAGGAAACGCCCACCGCCGGUUAAAAUAUUGUCCGGUCAGCUGAGGACGGCAGAGAGCCGCGGGACGGCCGACAUCGGGGAUGGGUGUGUUAUCAAGCUGGGCAGGGGCCGCGUUCUGCUGGUCUCUCUAGUGUGGAUGCAGGGGACCGUACUGGAGGUCCAGCUGGACAGAAACACCGUGCUGCUGAUGGAUGAGACGGGAACCUUUGCUGUUCAAGGCGUCAACAACAUCCCCAAAGGGAAACCAUGUUUGUCCCAAGGCAAAUAUGUCAUGGUGAUGGGUGUCAUCCAGGCCGUCUCCCCGGAGCCAGUCAUCCGUGCAGUGAAGAUGGCAGACCUCUCUGAGCUCGCUGCGCAUCACCGGCAGAUGUGGAAGCUGGAGGUGGAGGACCUGCAGCAGGUGCUGGCCUGAAUGCCAAACUGUUGGUGCAAACAUCACCUCGCCGGCGGCAGGAUGACCUGCUCCUGUCAUAUCCAGCUGGACCAGUCUAGUGAUUCUUGACAAAUGGAAAAAACUACAGCGGAUUCUGACUGGAAGGUAUUAUGCAAGAGUGACAGUAUGCAUACAGUAUUUAUGCAGUGAGUCUUUAUAGAGAAGAAGUGGAGCUGCAGGCCUCUUAUUGCCUCUAAAAAAGUAUCUGCUAACACUCUGGGAGAAAAAUGACAUCCAGAUAAGGCGCCAUCUUGGCUCGUUAACUUGAUGUAGGAAGCGUAUAAUUUGGCAUUCAUUUAGCGUAGCUAUAAGAUGGUUAUACAAAUAUUAAAUAAAGAUGACUUAGAUUGUCAAGUACUCAACCUACUUUUCUCUACUAUAAACAUAUAGAUCUUUAUGCAUACUGUAACAAGAGUAACAAAUUAAGAUUGUUGUUAAAACCUGUUUUUCAAGAACAAAAUAUUAAACUCCAUCUUGAUUUCAGCAGAAAACAAUGAAAUCACAUUGCAAAAUUGUUAUCCAAGUUCAUGUCCGCCUGUGACCGACUGUGGUGGAAUGUAACAAAGUGAAUUUAAUUGAGUUACUUGUACUGUACUAGAGUAUUUCCAUUUCAUUGUACUUUAUACUUACACUUAGGGCUGGGUAUCGCUAAAAAAUGUUAGAUACUGGCACAGAUACAAAUAACGUGAUUUCGAUACCGGUUCCUGAACACUACUUUUUUCAAUACCAAUUUUAUAUAUCCAUUUAAACAAAAAAAUUACAUUAUGGCAAAAAUCGUAUUUAUUUUUCAGUACCUACUACGUGAGCCCCGUCUCUGUGCAUAACAGUCUCUCAUGCAUUCCUCUACAGCCAAUCAGCAGCAUUUUUAGAUCUUGGUAGAAGCAUGCUGUGUUCUUAUUGGCUCACUGACGCCUAGAUUUACUCCUUAGGUUUUGAAAUUUGCUACUGAAUGAUGAGGCAUUUUUAGGUUAUUUGAUACUAAGGCAAUUCGGUCAGUGCCUCCUAAAAAGCAUUGAAUUCAUUCUGUACCCAGCCCUACGUACAUGUGAGUGAAAUGUACUUUUUACUCAAAUACAAUUGACAGCUGUAGUUACUUUACAAAGAUUUAACAUACAAAAUGAGUUUAUAAAAUAGGAACUGUUAAUUUAUCAGUGAGAAAAUGGACAGAUGAUAGAGUAACAGUCAGAGUACUUUAUAAUUUAUGUACUUUGCUAAUACAUGUAUAUCAAGGUGUUCAAUACAGGACUUUUACUUGUAAUGAAAUAUGUCUACAGUUUGGUAUUACUACUUUAAAUUACCUAGAAGAUCUGAAUACUUAUCCCCACUGGUUACUGGUUCCAGAUGUGUAAUUAAUAAAACAGCAGUUGAACACAGA